AUAUGAUAUGACACCGAAAUUUGGCUCUGGUUCUUUCCUGGUUCUCCGAAAGUGUUGCGAAACGAGUGGUGGGGGUGACUCUCGUAGGAGACACGUUGGAGCAUAGUAGCCACUCCCGUCCGUACUAAUCAUGGAUAAGGUGCUCUCUCUCUCUCUUGUUUUUUCUUUAGUCCCUUCCCGUUGGCUUCCGUUUUCCCAAUCAAUGGGUCAGGAAAGAGGAAGUUUAAGAGCUGCAACUUCAGAGGGAAGUCCAAUAUAAGGAGUAGUAGUCAAGGAAUGGUGACGGUUUCAUCUUACUGCUUCUCUCGCUCCCACUUUAUAGCCUCGUGGCCUCCUUUUUCCGAGUAGAGAUACGGGUUGUUGUCUGAGGCCAUGGAUCCUCAACUCUACAGAGCUGCAAAACUUGGUGAUGUCACACUUCUCAGACAAGUAGUGAAUGACGAUUCUACCCGACUUCUGAGAGUAACUCCACAAGAGAACACUCUCCUUCACGUUUCUGUGAGGUUUGGUCACAAAAGCUUCGUAAAGGAAGUGUACGCUGUGCUUCUCCAACAUAAUUCAAGUUUAGAAGGCGACACAACCUACAGCAGAAACCUAUCGCUUCUCACACAGAUGAACUCAGUAGGUGAUACUGCCCUUCAUGUAGCGGCUAGAGCAGGCCAUGCUUCCAUAGCUAAAUUUCUCAUUCAAAAGAUUCUGCCGUGGCUUUCUUCCGGCCAUGACAUCGAAAAUGGAAAUAGUUCACCUGUAGGAAACAGAGUAAGAGAACUCGCUCGUGAGAAGAUAAGGAUGAGAAACAAGAGCAAGGACACGGCCAUGCACCAAGCUGUUCGAAGAAAUGACCAUGAGAUGGUGAAGUUGCUGACUGAGACAGACCCUGAAUUAGGGCAUUCCAACUAUGAUGCUGAUGAAGAAGGUGGGGAGUCUCCACUCUACCUGGCUGCUAGAGAUGGAUGCUUGGGUAUUAUCAACCAGAUCUUUCUCAUUUGUCUAUCUCCUGCUCAUGGUGGACCCCAUGGCCGGACGGCUUUACAUGUGGCCGUUGUUGAGGAGAAGCUAGAUGUGGUGAAAAUACUGCUAGGAAAGAAAGGAGAACUUGUGAAUAAGGUAGAUGAAAAUGGAAGGACCCCUCUCCACUAUGCGGUAUCCAAACGAUGCCUCAAGAUAGUAAAGCAAUUACUAAGGCAUGAUACUUCCUGUGCAUAUCAAUUGGAUAAAGAUGGUCUUUCACCACUUCACAUUGCUGCUCUUCAAUCAACCAUUAAUGUAUUUCAAGAGCUCAUCCAAUGCUGUCCAGAUUCUGGGGAGUUGCUAGACAAGAAACAUCGCAGUGUUCUUCAUUUUGCUGUGAUGAGUGAGGAUUUUAAGAAAAUCAGGUUUGCCUUACAACAAGUAGAGUUUGAGGAACACUUAAAUCAACUAGAUGAUGAUGGAAAUACCCCAUUUCACCUCGCGGCCAGUCAAGGCUCUCUUGAGCUUAUGAAAUUGUUUCUUUCAAAUGGAAUAAUAGAUGUAAAGGCCAUCAACAACAAGGGCCAAACAGCUACUGAGAUUUUUGUCCUGCUCUCUCCUCAAGGCACACUUUGUUCAGCCACAAUAUUUUCAAUGAGUGGGUGGUUUCAUUUAAAGGCUUUAGAUCUGCGGCAAUGCUUUGCCAUAAGAGGAGAAGAAAAAUGGAUAAUAGGAGAAGCAGCGAAUGAGGAGAAAAUACGUAAUGAUCCGGAUAAGAAAGAUGAAGCACUUGCAGCAGAGGCUAUACGGCGUGAAAAGAAAAUGGGGCAAACCCUCCAAAUAGUAGCGUCUCUUGUCGCCUCAGUCACAUUUGCAGCAAUUUAUCAAGUCCCUGGUGGAUACAAUAACAAAGAUGGAACACCCAUACUCCUCAACAAUAGUUGCUUCAGAAACUUCAUAGAGCACGAUACUAAAGCUAUGGGUCUAUCGAUUACCUCAUUGGUCCUCAUGUUAGCAGGACAAUCUCGUGGCAACUCUCUUUAUUCUUUGUUAUUGAUAGUGGCUACGUAUCUUAUAUACCUAGCAUUGAUCCAGGGUAUAUCAGCUUUCCGGAAUCUUCUUUGUUUAUCUUCUGAGCCUUCAGCAGCCACAAUGCUUGAAGACUUUGCAAGUCCUAUCGCUGAGUUAAGUAACGUAGCGUUCAAUGCAGUUCUCUCUUUAGGUGUUGUUCGUGUGCUUUUAAGCUUCAGGAGAUAUUUUUCAGUUGUAAACCAAAAAAAGAAAAAUAGCUAGUGUGAUAAGUUUUUAGAGUCCGGAUCAG